AUGAUAAAAUUAAUUGUAUAUAUUGUUGUAAUAGUAAAUUUCGUUGGAUUGGUGAAUUGUGGAGCCGAUAAAUGUACACCUUAUAAAUGUCAAGGAUUAUAUAGAGACUGUGGCAAGCCAGGACAGAUUUGUUCCGAAGGAUUAUAUUGUAACACUGGUGAUAGCACACCCGUCUGUUAUUCCAGGGUCGAGGAGUUCAAUGGUUGCACUAGCAACAUACAAUGCAAGAAGGGAACCGUUUGUGUAACAAAACACUACGAUAGAUAUUGUAAAGAAAUAGGUUUUAAAGGAUAUGGUGAAGAAUGUUAUUUACCUGAAGAAUGUUCGACUGGUUUAGAUUGUAUGAAUAAUACAUGUGAUCAUACACCGCAGAUGUGUACAACUUAUUCAUGUCCAUACGGCAAGUUCUGUAGUCAAAAGAAAGUUUGUACCCCUUUGAUUACCGAUGGUGAUGAAUGCGAUCCACUAGAACCUCACUGCUAUCCAGGAUCGAUCUGCAGCGGUGGUUUCAACGACACCAUUUGUAGACCUGCCUACUCAAGAUCAGAAGGUGAUCCAUGUAAUAAUGAUAUAUCUUGUGAUAUCGGUAAAGGUUUGGGUUGUAAGAAUGGAAUAUGUACAAAGUAUAAACCACAUGUCGAUAGUAAUAAGGUGUAUUGUCUGGAUGAUACGGUCUGCUUUAUUGGCAUUGAGAAAUGUAUUUGUAAUAAUUCCGAGAUCAUGUCAGACCCAGCACUAUCCACAAUGUGCACCAACAGCCAACAGCUCGCCAUCGCUCAUCGAUCAGCUAUCAUCACCGACACUACUUUUAUUGAAUCUACUACUAUUGUUAUCAUUACCAUCAAUAUAUUAAUCUAA